ACAUCACAGAAGAAGAAGACGAGGCACAGCAGCACCUCUGACACACAAACCCAGCUGGACACCAAUGCCCCGACAGAGACGUUAACAGGGACACUAUACACGGGGCUUUAAGAGCGAGCAGUGCCUAGCAACCGCUUCCGUCCCAGCUUCUAGAAGAUGGCUCACAACGUGGCUGACCUUCCCAGUGGCCCGCUGGAUUUCUACCGGAAAAAAGCCUCUUUCAACUGGAAGGACAUGCUCUUCUUCUUAGAGGGAGAGGACAUCGUGGCAUUUAAGCAACACGUGUUAAAGACACUUGAGGAUGACCCUCUGUUUGCACGUCAGCCUGGGGAAGACGUCCCCAUCGAGAAAAUGAGAGCGAUGACCUUCCUCAGGGUGAAGCAGCUGUUCCGCUAUGACUUUCUGACAAGAGAUGAGGUGAUGUCGAACCCCUGGAAGACUGUGAUUCUCAGUGACUGUCUGGGCAUGUAUGACUGGGCCAUGUCGGCAAAGUACUUCCUCAACAAAGGGAUGUUCGGAGCAACUAUUGCCAACACAGGAUCUGCCCGACACAGCAAGUACGUUGCAGAUGUCGAAGACAUGACGACGUUCGGCUGCUUUGCGCUGACCGAGCUGAGCCACGGCAGCAACACCAGAGCCAUGAGGACCACGGCGACCUAUGACCCCAAGACCCAAGAGUUUGUGAUCAACUCGCCGGACUUUGAGGCCGCCAAGUUUUGGGUGGGGAACCUGGGCAAGACGGCGACCCACGCCAUGGUGUUCGCCCAGCUGUACACCCCGGACCAGGCGUGCCACGGCCUGCACUCCUUUAUUGUGCCGGUGAGAGAUCCCAAGACGCUGCUCGCUCUGCCUGGUGUGCUGGUUGGAGACAUGGGCAAGAAGCUGGGCCAGAACGGACUGGACAACGGGUUUGCUUUGUUUCAUAAUGUGAGGGUCCCUCGGGAGAACCUGCUGAACAAGACUGGAGACGUCGCUCCCGAUGGCCGAUAUCUUACACCGUUCAAGGAUCCCAACAAGCGUUUCGGGGAGUCUCUUGGUGCCCUGUCAGGCGGCAGGAUCUCUAUCACCAGGAUGGCCCUCGUCAACCUAAAGUUGGCUCUGAUUGUUGCCAUCCGCUUCUCAGCCACCAGGAGACAGUUUGGACCCAAAGACAUGGAGGAGAUUCCUGUUUUGGAGUACCAGUUACAGCAAUGGCGUCUGAUCCCGUACCUGGCAGCAGCAUAUGCUCUCGAACACUUCUCCAAAUCCAUCUUCAUGAACUUUGUUGAGUUUCAGCUUGGACAGAUGAUGAGGGACAAGAGUGGCCGACAAGCAGAGAUGGGCAGGGAGAUCCAUGCCAUAGGCUGCUCCAGUAAGCCACUGGGCUCGUGGACCGCUCAGAGGGGGAUCCAGGAGUGCAGAGAGGCCUGCGGUGGACACGGAUACCUGGCCAUGAACCGGCUUGGUGAUCUGCGUAAUGACAACGAUCCAAACUGCACAUACGAAGGAGACAACAACGUGUUGCUGCAACAGACCAGCAACUACCUGCUCAGCUGGCUCCACGCUAAGCACCGCGACGGUGUACGGAUCGAGUCUCCUCUCCACACUGUGGAUUUUCUGGAGGAUUCCCUCCACAUACUGGGAGGAAAGUUCACAGCAAGAACAAUGGAGCAGUGCAUGGACUCUGCAGUGCCACUGGCAGCCUAUAAGUGGCUGGUGUGUUUCCUGCUUGAGGAGAGCAGGAGGAAGCUUGAAGAGCAGAGGGCCUCGGGGAAGGAUGAUUUUGAGGCCCGCAACAGCAGCCAGGUUUACUACUGCCGCUCCCUGGCCAUCGCCUACAUAGAACACAACUGCCUCCAGAGAUUUCAUGAUCUGACCACUGACCAGGACACACCUGCUGGUCUCAGACCUGUGUUGAGCAAGCUGUGCGCCCUGUAUGGGCUGUGGAGCCUCAGCAGCCACACGGCCACACUCUACCAGGGUGGGUACUUGAGUGGAAAGAAGCCGACAGAGUUGGUCCAGAUGGCCAUUCUCACCCUCUGCUCACAGUUGAAGGAGGAUGCUGUAUCAUUGGUGGAUGUCUUUGCACCUUCUGAUUUCAUCCUCAACUCGCCCAUAGGCAACACUGAUGGACAGCUCUACAAGAACCUGUGGGCGACCGUGAUGCAGGGCAACCAGGUGCUGGAACGGCCCUCCUGGUGGAAAGAGUUCAUUUCCGACAAGCCAGUGGUCGGAUCCCUCCGUCCAAAACUCUAGAACCCGCAACCCGCUCUGGACUCCUGGACACUAGGGAGUUGGAAGAGGAACAUGUGUUUUUGUGGCCCUUAAAGAAAUUCUGCACGUUAAAUGACUAUAUGAUCACAAACUAUUGCCAGAAAGUACUACACUGCUCUCUGUGAUGAUUAUUAUUGGGGUCCAAUUAAAUCAACAUGGAUCCAUUUUUAUAACCAGAUGAAAUUAUUUAACUUCAAAUCAUAUUGAACCAAACUUUAACAAUACAAUAUGACAUUUAAGCCACAGUUUGAGGAAAGAAUGAAAAAGGACAGACUCAACAAUUCAAUCGAGUUUUAGGAUGCUGUUGAUUUUCAUGUAUCAGUUUGACCAUAAAUGCAGGAGGACGGGACCAACGGGCACCCUCUAGUUUCCUUGCUUCAUAUGCAUUGGCCUUUUUGUCCUAUCCAUUCAGCCAAUAAGUUGUUCUCAAAGGAGUACAAAUGGUCUCUAUGCAUAAUAUUGGCUAAACUGUAUGUCAGCAAACCAACAACCUUUUGUAAGGUAAUAAAGAGCAGCUGAAACCACAUUUUAGGGAUCAUUAGUGUGUUAGAAAUCUUGAUUAUGUAAAUUAUACAUGGGAAUAACUGCUUUACCAUGUUUCAAUCCUUAAUGCAGCAAGAAGGAUAUUACCUUCUGAAAAUGUUUUUUGAUGAACUAUUAAAAUUGUGUUCAUUCUUCACCGUGCCGAUUGCAUGUUUUAAUAACAUGACUACUAGAUGUGUACCCUAUAUGUCCUUUUAAAAAGGACCAUGCAUUGUAGGAUCCAUAAUGUUAUGAUAUUUUGAAAAUAAACAGGGAAUAGGAACAACAACAACAUGGAUGUUGUAAAAUGUACAUGAAAUGAAAUCUUGUAAACCUGUUGCACCCUGAGACUGAUUUUUGGCGUCUGCUCCGAAAAUGGCAUAUUCAUGAUAAAAAUGUGUAAUACUACUUUCUCUAUGUGGACAUUUUGUUUCUGUUGGGAUAAAUGAGAACCAUUGGGGGUGUUUUGAUGUGUUAAAAGCAGUUUAUAUGUCACUGGUGAAGAAAUAAAUCAAUAUAACACAAAAUAA